GGCAACGGCACUCGGGCAGUUCAUUUAGUUGCCGAAGAUGUCCCAGCUGCUGCGCGUUGGGCUUUUGGCUCUGCUGGCCAUUUUGCUGGCACCGUCAGCACUCGUGGAUGCCACCUGCGGCUUUUGCUACGGCUCGCACACCUGCAUCGACAACACCACCUUCCGGGUGUGCUACGAGAAAAAGCCCGUGCCGUCGUUGACCUUCAAGUGCCCGGAAGAAAUGCCAGUGUGCACGCAAUUCGGCAGCAUUUGUCAGCCGUUGUGGCUGCCGCCGGCCUGUCCCAACACCCAGAAAUGUGGAAAAUGCGACGAAGGGCAGAUUUUCGCCUGCACCUCGCUCACCACCUUCGCCGGAUGCCAUGCCGGCAAGGUAUUGUCCCAGGAGAGCAAGUGCCCCAAAGAUUAUUUCUGCAGCGUGCAAAAUGCGGCUGCCGGAAAUCCCUGCAAAUUGAUAUGCGAGCCGGAAGUGGACGACUCUUGUGAUCGCGUUGAGAGUGCAUUUCAAAUCCAACCCCAGGCCCUACUCCAGGCCCUUCCCCAGGUACCACUCCAGGCACUUCCCCAGGCCCUACUCCAGGCCCCACUCCAGGCCCCACUCCAGGCCCCACUCCAGGCCCUUCCCCAGGCCCUACCCAAGGCCCUACCCAAGGCCCUACCCAAGGCCCUAGCCAAGGCCCCACACCUGAGCUUCAUCUACUGCUUCUACCGGGCCAAUGUGUGGAACGGCUCCAUACGCAACUGCAAUGCAAAUAAUCCGUACUUCAAUGCCGUCUCCGGCUGUGGUGCAACACGACCAAGCGGCGCGGGCUGUCGGUAA